AUGGCUAACAACGUGACCGCUACCAGAGAAGCUACAAGGCGUACUCACACUUACAGUUUCCAUCGUGAGGGCAUGAUUCAGUUGGGACAGUUGGGUGGAUUGAUUACUGGUCAUAAUAAAACCGUGUUCAUUGAGAAUUAUGGAAAUAUCUUGACUCUUUUGUACUCACAUGUCGACGAAUGGGCUUUAUCUACUCUUCUCCAGUUCUAUGAUCCCGACUUGCGUUGUUUCACAUUCUCAGGCUAUCAGUUGGCUCCCACUCUCGAGGAGUACUCUCACUUUCUCAAUAUCAAAAUUCAACACAAGGUUCCUUUCGUUUGUGUCCCAGAAGAGCCUGAUUUGGAUUAUAUUGCCAACGCUCUUUAUUUGAGCAUAGGAGAGGUUCAUGGAAAUUGGAAGAAGAAUGGUAACACUCAUGGUUUCUACAUGAGUUUCUUGAUUGAAAAGGCCCAAGAGUCGCCUAACAAAAAGAUGUGGGAAGCCUUUAGCACCCUUCUGGCCGUUCUGAUCUAUGGGAUCGUGAUGUUCCCUAACAUUCACAAGUUCGUUGAUCUGGUCGCUAUAUGUCUUUUCGUGGAUAGGAAUCCGAUCCCUACUUUGCUAGCCGAUACGUACUAUUCCAUUCACUCUCGAUAUGGGAAAGGGAGCGCCAUACGGAAUUGUUUACCGCUGUUAUACACCUGGUUUAAGUCUCACCUACCUGCAAGUGGUCCUUUUGUUACUUCUACUCAGAAAUGGCCUCAAAGGAUCAUGGGGCUUACUGCAAACGACAUUGUCUUCUGUCAUAUCGGAAUGAGCAUAAAGGAAGUUAUGACUAGUUGUGGUACCUUUGACAACGUUCCCCUCAUAGGAACGAAAGGUGUUAUCAACUAUAAUCCUAAGCUAGCGCUACGUCAGUUGGGUUUUGCACUUGAAGACAAGCCUUUGGACAAAGAGAUAUUCGAAUCCGUUUGCUUUGAGAAGGGAACCGAUCCAAAGGGUCUAAAAAAAGUGAGGAAUGCCUGGAAUAGCAUCCAUACAGAUGAUCAAACUUCUCUAGGUGUGAAGAAUGUCGUUGCCAACCAAGCCUAUACAAAUUGGGUCGAAGAAAGAGUUAAAGAUCGCCUGUUGCCUUUCCCGAAGGUUAUCCCAUUGUACGAGCAACCACCUAAGGUUCCAAAUGCCACUAUGCCUGCUAAGAAUUGCAUCCAAGUGAAUAUGGAAAGCACCCAAUUGCACGAAAAGAGGUCAGAUGCGCGACCAAAACAUCAUCUUGUGGACCAAAUAAGGGUUGAGUUGACACAUGAAGCCAAGGUGCUGAAAGAAGGAUCUUUGAGAGUUCAAAAGAGGGCUAGAACGGAAAAAGAUGAAAGAGAUACUACUGUUGUUGUUGAGGAUCACCAGGAGAUCAUGAAAAGGGCCGUAAAAGAUGCAGAAGAGAAACUCAAGCGAGAGUACAGAGAAGACUUGAAGGCUUAUAAACUCAAAAUAGAAAGGGAGGCUAGAGCUGAAGUGAGGAGUCUGAAAAAGAAACUGGAAGAAGAGACCACCCAAAGAAUAGCGGUGGAGACUGAGUUGAAAGGGAGUCACCUCCGUACCGCUCGACUAACAGAAGAGAAUGCUAAGCUCAGAGAUCGAAUGAUGGAGAGAAUGGAGAUUGAAGAUGAUGAAGAUUGGGGAAGAAGAUGA